AUGGCAGUCCCUGGAGAGACGAAUGCCGCUUCUGGCUCACAAGUGGCCCACCUCGGUAGAUCAUUUGCACAGAUCACAGCAGAGGCAGACAGUUCUAUGGACGAUGACGAAGGUGAUAGCUUUGUGGUUAGUCAUUGUUGCGCCAUGUUGCGGGAGUGCAUUGUACGUCUUCAGCAUGAGCUUAACCUCACUGAGGAUAUGCACGUUGCGAACCUCAAUGCCAGCUUGACCGUGUUCCAAAUGGGGUACAUUCUGAGGGACAUUCGUGGCAAGGUGUAUCGCAGCAACUGA